AUGUCAUUUCAAUCAUCGUCUGUUGAUAAUGAAGAAUUAAUACAUAAUGCUGUUCGUCAAGGUCAUAGUAUUUCACUUGAAAUAUAUUUAAAACAAAAUCCAAAAUGUAUCAAUAAAUUAUUUACAUAUUAUCAAUCCAAAUGGACACCAUUAUUAGCAGCAUGUUAUUAUCAACAUGAACAUAUUGUACGCAUGUUACUUAUGCGUUUUAAACCUGAUAUUGAAGCAUUAGGCACAAUUGUUCUUAAUUCAAUAGAUAAUCAUUCAGAUAUUGCUGAAGGUGUAUCACCUCUUUGGACAGCUGCUGCAGUUAAUAAUUUUAAUAUUGUUAAAUUAUUAAUUGAACUUGGAAAUGCAAAUAUUAAUCAUUUAAUAAAAACACAUAGUACAGCUCUUCGCGCUGCUUGCUAUCAUAAUAAUAUUGAAUUAACACGUUAUUUAAUUGAACAUGGUGCUAAUCCAUAUCAAACAAAAAAAGGCAAUUAUACUAAUCUAAUGCUUAGUGCAGGUCGUCAAUUUCCAUUGAUAGUUGAUUAUUUAGUCAAUGAAGUUCAAUGUAAUAUUAAUGAACAAGAUGAAAAUGGUCAAACAGCUCUUUAUUAUGCAGUUAGAUCUCGAUCAAUAAAAAUUACAAAAUUUUUACUUGAACAUGGCGCAUUAAAUUAUCGUGAUAUUAAAAGAAAAGUCACUCCACUUAUGCGAGCUGCUCUUUUUGGUGAAAUAAAUUUAGUUAAUAUUUUCGAAAAUUAUUGUUCAGAUCUUGAAUGGAUUGAAGCAAAAGAAUUACUUGCAACAAGCUUUUCUGGAUGUAUAUAUCAUAUUGGUGAUUUAAAUAAAACAGCUGAAUAUCUAAUUGAAACAUUUCAAUUAAGAAAAGCAAAAAAUUUACCUAAACAAAUAACUACAGAAUCUUUGGAAAUAUUUCAAUAUCGUCGUGAAUGUCAAACAUUAGAUGAAUUUAAUCAACUUCUUUGUUCGAAUACAAAAGAUGCGUUAGUUAUUGAAUCAAUAUUAAUUCAACAACGUCUUCUUGGUGAUGAUCAAGAUGAUUAUCAUGAUAUUAUUUAUUAUUAUGGAGUUAUUCUAGCUCAUAAUCAUAAAUAUAAUGAUUGUCUUCGUUGGUGGUUUUAUGCAUUAGAUCUUAAACAAAAAUAUACUAUGAAUUGUCAACCUGAACGAUUGCAUCGUUUUAUUUCUGUUUUUGCACGAAUGAAAUUUGUUGAUCAUAUAGAUAUAUCUAUUGAAGAUAUACUUCGUUUGUUUAAUAUAUUAAAUUAUAUACUUGUAUCAAAACGAUAUAUGGAAAAUUUUGAUUCAUAUUUUAUUAUUUUACUUCAUUUAAUUACAAUUGUUGCUCGAUUGAUAUAUAAUGAAAAUUUAGAAGAAAAACAAGAAUUAUCUAUGAAUCAUCGUCGAGAUUUAUAUAAAUUGAUACGAUAUAUUAUUCGAUAUCAAUAUAGAUUGAUGGAAAAUGGUUCAUCUUUACUUCAUUCAUGUAUAAAUCCUUCAACAAAAGGCAUAUUAAAUCUUAUUGAAUAUCCAUGUUCUAUGACAACUCAUCUACUUAUUAGUUGUGGUGCUGAUAUAGAUGUGAUGGAUACUGAUGGAAAUACUCCAUUACAUAUACUUAUGCGAAAUAAUUCAUCAUCGAAUACUAUAAAUAUGCUUAAUAUUUUAUGUGAUGCUGGAGCUCAUUUGGAUUUUGCUAAUACAAAAGGACAUCGUCCAAUGGAUUCAAUGCCUGCAUUUCGUAAAAAAUUAUAUGAACAAAUGAAGAAAAAAAUCGAUGUUACACGAUUAAAAUGUUUUUGUGCUCGAUUAAUACAACAACAAAAAUUUGCAUAUGAAAAUAGUCUUUCAAUAUCUUUAAUUAAUUUUAUUCAAAAACAUUAA